CGGCGGCAGGAGGCGGGUUCGGCGGCGGGAGCCCCUUCCCGCGGCGGGCGGAGAGGUGCCGAGGCAGCGCCGUGCGAGCGGCGGCCCGUGUGCCCUCUGUGCUCCCCCCACCGAGCAUCCCCCAUCCCCUCCCCGGCCCGGGUCGCCGCCGGGGCAUGGAGGCGGCGCACAGCCUCCCGGUGCUCGACGUCCUCCGCCGCUUCGGUGUCACCGAGAGCUGCGGGCUCAGCCCGGAGCAGGUCCGCCGCAACCGGGAGAAGUACGGUCCCAAUGAGCUCCCUGCAGAAGAAGGAAAGUCCCUCUGGGAGUUGGUGCUGGAGCAGUUUGAAGAUCUCCUCGUCCGCAUCCUUUUGAUGGCAGCUUUCCUGUCGUUUAUCCUGGCAUGGUUUGAAGAAGAAGAGGAGACCACGACAGCGUUUGUGGAGCCCAUUGUCAUUAUCAUGAUCCUGAUCGCCAAUGCUGUGGUAGGCGUGUGGCAGGAGAGAAAUGCCGAGAGCGCCAUCGAAGCCUUGAAGGAGUACGAGCCCGAGAUGGGGAAGGUGAUCCGCGCUGACCGCAGUGGGGUGCAGCGGAUCCGCGCCCGAGACAUCGUCCCUGGGGACAUCGUGGAGGUGGCAGUUGGUGACAAGGUGCCGGCGGACAUUCGGAUCAUUGAAAUCCGGUCCACAACCCUGCGGGUUGAUCAGUCCAUCCUCACAGGGGAGUCCGUGUCGGUGAUCAAACAUGCUGACCCCAUCCCCGACCCCCGGGCUGUCAACCAGGACAAGAAGAACAUGCUUUUCUCUGGCACCAACAUCGCAGCUGGGAAGGCCGUAGGGGUCGUCAUUGCAACAGGGGUCUACACUGAGAUCGGGAAGAUCCGAAACCAGAUGGUGGAGACCGAGCCCGAGAAGACCCCCUUGCAGCAGAAGCUAGACGAGUUCAGCCAGCAGCUCUCCAAAGUCAUCUUCCUGGUGUGCAUUGCUGUCUGGGUCAUCAACGUCAGCCACUUCAGCGACCCCGUCCACGGGGGCUCCUGGUUUCGGGGGGCCAUCUACUAUUUCAAGAUUUCAGUAGCGCUGGCGGUGGCCGCCAUUCCCGAGGGCCUCCCGGCCGUCAUCACCACCUGUCUGGCGCUAGGCACGCGCCGCAUGGCCAAGAAGAACGCCAUCGUCCGGAGCCUGCCCUCGGUGGAGACCCUGGGCUGCACCUCCGUCAUCUGCUCUGACAAGACCGGCACCCUCACCACCAACCAGAUGUCCGUGUGCCGGAUGUUCAUUAUGGAGAAGGUGGAGGGCGCCCAGUGCAGCCUGCACGAGUUCAGCAUCACUGGCUCCACAUAUGCCCCCGAGGGACAGAUCCUGAAGGACGAGCAGCCGGUGCGGUGCGGGCAGUACGACGGGCUGGUGGAGCUGGCCACCAUCUGCGCCCUCUGCAAUGACUCCUCGCUGGACUACAACGAGUCCAAGAAAGUCUAUGAGAAGGUGGGAGAAGCCACUGAAACAGCCCUGACGUGCCUUGUGGAGAAGAUGAAUGUCUUCGACACCGACACCAGCAAACUGUCCAAGGUGGAGCGAGCCAAUGCCUGCAAUUCGGUGAUCAAGCAGCUGAUGAGGAAGGAGUGCACCCUGGAGUUCUCCCGUGACCGCAAGUCCAUGUCAGUGUACUGCACACCCACCGGCCCCAGCCAGAAUUCCACUGGCAGCAAAAUGUUUGUCAAGGGCGCCCCGGAAAGCGUGAUCGAGCGCUGCACCCACGUCCGCGUGGGCACUGCCAAGGUCCCACUGACAGCCCCCGUGAGGGAGAAGAUCCUGAGCAGGAUCCGGGACUGGGGCAUGGGCAUCGACACGCUGCGCUGCCUGGCCCUGGCCACCCAGGACGCACCCGUGCCCAGGGAGAACAUGCAGCUGCACGACUCCACCGCCUUCGUCCACUACGAGAAUAACCUGACCUUUGUGGGCUGCGUGGGGAUGCUGGACCCUCCCCGCAAGGAGGUCACCUCCUCCAUCGAGAUGUGCCGCAAGGCCGGCAUCCGUGUCAUCAUGAUCACGGGGGACAACAAGGGCACGGCAGUGGCCAUCUGCCGCAGGAUCGGCAUCUUCUCAGAGAGCGAGGACGUGGCCGGCAAAGCCUACACGGGCCGGGAGUUCGACGAGCUGCCCCCCGAGGCGCAGCGGCAGGCAUGCCAGCAUGCCCGAUGCUUCGCCCGCGUGGAGCCGGCACACAAGUCCCGCAUUGUCGAGUACCUCCAGUCCUUCCACGAGAUCACCGCCAUGACAGGUGAUGGCGUCAAUGAUGCCCCGGCCCUGAAGAAAGCUGAGAUCGGCAUUGCCAUGGGGUCGGGCACAGCGGUCGCCAAAUCGGCUGCUGAGAUGGUGCUCUCUGAUGACAACUUCUCCACCAUCGUGUCAGCCGUUGAGGAGGGCAGAGCUAUUUACAACAACAUGAAGCAGUUCAUCCGCUAUCUCAUCUCCUCCAACGUCGGGGAGGUCGUUUGUAUCUUCCUGACAGCCAUCCUGGGCUUGCCCGAGGCCCUCAUCCCCGUGCAGCUGCUGUGGGUGAACCUGGUGACGGACGGGCUGCCAGCCACCGCGCUGGGCUUCAACCCCCCCGACCUGGACAUCAUGGACAAGCUGCCCCGAAACCCCAGGGAGCCCCUCAUCAGCGGGUGGCUCUUCUUCCGCUACCUGGCCAUCGGAGUGUACGUGGGCCUGGCCACGGUGGGUGCAGCGACAUGGUGGUUCCUGUAUGACGCCGAGGGACCGCAGGUCUCCUUCCAUCAGCUGAGGAACUUCAUGAGGUGCACCAAGGACAACCCCAUCUUUGAAGGAAUCGACUGUGAGAUCUUCGAGUCCCGAUAUCCAACCACGAUGGCUCUGUCCGUGCUGGUGACAAUUGAAAUGUGCAACGCUCUGAACAGUGUCUCUGAGAACCAGUCGCUGCUGCGGAUGCCACCGUGGCUCAACAUCUGGCUGCUGGGGGCUAUCGUUAUGUCCAUGGCUCUGCAUUUCCUCAUCCUCUAUGUCAAGCCCAUGCCGCUCAUCUUCCAGGUGACCCCGCUGAACUGGCCUCAGUGGGUGGUUGUGAUGAAGAUCUCGCUGCCCGUCAUCCUGCUGGACGAAGGACUCAAGUACCUUUCCCGCAACCACCUGGACGAAGAAGAGGACAAGAAAUGAAUGACAUGAAGGAAACGCUCCUACCUAAAGGAUCCGUAACUUGUAACUCGGACUGAAGUCUUGCAUGCGUGACCAUCGCUAGAAGCCAGCAGGACAUGCAUGUGUCCGACUGUCAGACAAAUGCGGGUGAAUCGUCGAAAAGAAAAAUACUGAUUUUGUUUUGUUACGUAGCUUUUUUUUCCUGUACAUAAGAGUGCAAUUACUGGACAGCUGGUGUAGGGUUUGGGGACGGAGCUGUGCGGACCUGGGUCAUCAUAACGUGGUUCCUUGGGGAUUUAUUCCUGCAAAAUUUGAGACCUUCUUUCCAAUUUUCACUCUGAUGGGGUGAGCUCAGACAAGGUGUCCUUCACGGGAGAUCAAGAGGGGAGUCGUGGUUUUAGGCAAUAUGCUGAGCAUGGCCAAGAAGCUGCAUCCCCCAGCAGGGUGGGAUGUGCAAGGGCAGCUCAUGGGGCUGGGAAGGGCUUGGGGAGACUGGCGAGGGGGUUGUGGGUUGGGGUCACCAGCCUCUGAUGAUGUCUGUGAUGUUGGAGAGUGCAUCGCUAGUGUGCUCUGCUCCGGUGGCUCUGGUGUCCACGGGCUGCAGCAAAUAGCUUCACGGUGUGAACACCAUGGUGUGGAGCUCACAGAUGUCUGUUUGUACGUCCAGGUUGGGUACGUGUGGUGGAAGGUGAAGUUCUCCCUGUUUAUCACACUGUCCUGUUUGAUCCCCAUGUUGCAGCAAGCCCUGCACCUUCUCAGGCUCAUCCAACACCAAAGCGCAAUGUCGUCUUGUCUGCUCUCCGUCCGAUGUCUUGUUAGAUCGCAUCUGCUCUAUCUAAGCUGUAGCCACCUUCCUUGUAGAGACAACCAUUUAAAGCAAAGCAUGGGGAUGGCCGAGCUUGCAUUCCUCAUGUCUACUGCUCCAUCCUGGUCACACUUUCUGUAGUUGGUUGAUUUCCCUAGCAGGAGCAGACAUUAAGUCCUUAGGAGCAUGUCCAUGAGUUUGUGUCCUCUGUUCUGGAGGACAUUGCUUUCUUGCACAGGGAAUCCUUGACACCGGUGAUCCACCUUUGAGAAGGGAAUGAAUGUAUCUUUGUACAUAACGGAGUCCUUCUCCGUGAGCGGUGUUUGUUGUGGCAUCACUUUCUGUAAGGCAUCAACUUUAUUUUAUCCUCUUGGGAUUUUUCUGCGGCAGGAGUGACACAGGCUGCAGUGGGAGCGUGUGGAUCAGGAGUGGAUUUUGGGAUCCAGUAAACUGAUCUUUCUCCACUGAGCUGCAUCAGCUGUGGAGCUGAUAGCAGGUGAUUUCUUCUCCAGCUCUCAAAAUCCUCCCUCCUGUUUUCCUCACGUUCCCCCAUGAUCCGUCUUGAUGAUGUUCAGUUAGCCAGACCUUAAUAUCUUUCUCUUUAAUUCCAGCAACAGCACUAGAGCCAGGGUUUUGAAAAGCAUUUUGCUCCUUUGCUGUUGGGUUUUUUCUUUUACUUUUUUGCCUCUUAAAAGCUUCCAGUGCUUUUCUGUUUCUGUUUCACCUGGGUGAGAGCUACUCUCCCUCUGUACAGUAGGUGCCAAAUACCAUCCUUCCUUUCUUUUCUCCAUCACCAGCAUUGAAGAUGAGCAGAGCCCCCAGACCAAUGGGAAUGUACAGAAUUGUUAUACUACUGAGCUGAUUUAAUUGUACAGAAGACCUUGCAUGAAAUGUUGUUAUUGUAUUUAAUAUAUAAUGUAUUCAAGGAAUUUUAAUAUGGAGCUCUUUAAAAAGAUCUUUAUAGAUACUCUGUGGUUAGAAGAUUGUUGCUGAUUUUUUUUUUAAUAUUAUUAUACUUUGUCUUGAAGUUC